AAGUUACUAACAAUUAUGCACUAAAAUACAAACUGUUAAGCUAAUAAUACACCAUGUUGGCAUCUUAUAAAUUCUAUUCCAAAACUCUUUUAUAUGUACGCAAAAUUAGGCCCUUUAAGCUUCAUGGCCGAGUUUGCAGAAUAUCAGCAGAGGUUUAGGCCUUCUCAGCCUUUGACAGAGAUGAUGGACAUGAACAUGGAAAUACUCAAGCAUCUUCCAGAGAUGAAUCCAAGCAUCUUGGAGAGUUUCAGCAUCACUGACUUCUCAGCAGACUCUUUGUUGGCCCGCCAACAACCUGAAUUUACAGCAACAUAUGAUCACAACCACCUUUCAAGUACUUUCCAUCCUGACAUCUUGAGUACAGCAACAGUUGUUCAUACUGUUACCUUGAAUCAAAAUGAUUCCCAUGACAGCAAGAAGCGAAAAUCAAUGGAACAAUCAACCAGCAGCUACAUUUCUGCUACAGCCUCUACAAACGAAACAAAGAAAAAGAACAACCUAGGAGGAAGUAAGAAAGGUGAAAACAAAGAGAAAGAAGGGGACAAAGCAGAGGAAGUUAUUCAUGUUAGAGCUAAGAGAGGCCAAGCAACAGACAGUCACAGUAUAGCAGAAAGGGUAAGAAGAGAGAAAAUCAAUAACAAGUUAAGGUGCUUGCAAGACCUUGUUCCUGGAUGCCACAGGUCAAUGGGGAUGGCAGUUAUGCUAGAGGAGAUAAUCAAUUAUGUACAUUCAUUGCAGAAUCAAGUUGAGUUUCUUUCCAUGGAGCUUGCAGCUGCAAGUAGUUCUAAUGACCUGAACAAUGUAACAGAAUCUUCAAAGAGGGCUCAGGGAACAGACUCAACUGAAGCACAGAAGACACAGAAAUGGUUGAGAGAAAGAUAUGGAGAAAUCACUUGCUUCCACUCUGCAUGGUCCAUUUGACUGCAUUUUUGGCAAUUACUCUUUGUCGCUAUAAAGCACAUGGAUAUGCUCCCUAGCUAUCAUCCUUUGCCAUAAAUCAAAUAUGUCUCUGUAUUUAUGUGGCAGACACGCUAAAGAUAUUUGCAUUACUUCACAGAAAAUGUCUAGAAAUAAAGUACAAAAAAAGAAGAUUAUAUUGCUAUUUACUUGUCCAAUUUGGGGGCUGA